UGCCAUGUCUAUGGACCACUCUAUCGGCUUUAACGACGGUUUGCGACACUGCCGUGCGUGGAUACUCAACUCUCCCGAGUGAGAUACCGGUGGAGAGGCGCAGUUAGCAGGAAAAUACCAGAGAAAGGGGUUGUUGUCCAGAUAACACAGGUUUUCACCACAGACGUGCAUCUCUUUCGAUAAUUAUCAAAACACACGGUAAAUGAGGACUCAAGGCUGAGCUUUGAAAAAGCAGCGCGAGGGAAGGCAACUAAUUCUCUAACCGUGGCUGUUGAACUAAGUUGCCUCCCAAGCGACGCUUUAAAAGGAAGAGGGAUCCAGAUCAGACCAUAACAACAGUGAAAAUGGACUAUGAUUUCAAAGUGAAGCUGACAGGGGAACGAGAACGUGUCGAGGACCUGUUUGAAUACGAAGGAUGCAAAGUUGGCCGAGGGACGUACGGUCAUGUGUACAAGGCGAAAAGAAAAGAUGGGAAGGACGAUAAAGACUAUGCCCUUAAGCAGAUUGAAGGCACUGGGAUCUCUAUGUCCGCCUGCCGAGAAAUUGCACUGUUGAGAGAGCUGAAACACCCCAAUGUGAUCUCACUGCAGAAAGUGUUCCUGUCACAUGCAGACCGUAAAGUCUGGCUGCUGUUCGACUACGCCGAGCAUGACCUCUGGCACAUCAUUAAGUUCCACAGAGCCUCCAAGGCCAAUAAGAAGCCACUGCAGUUGCCCAGAGGCAUGGUCAAGUCCCUGCUCUACCAGAUCCUGGAUGGCAUCCACUACCUACACACCAACUGGGUCCUGCACAGAGACCUGAAACCGGCUAACAUCCUGGUGAUGGGGGAGGGUCCAGAGCGAGGACGUGUGAAAAUUGCGGAUAUGGGCUUUGCGCGGCUCUUUAACUCACCACUGAAGCCUUUAGCAGAUUUGGACCCUGUGGUGGUCACCUUCUGGUACCGGGCGCCCGAGCUACUGCUGGGAGCCAGGCACUACACCAAAGCAAUCGAUAUCUGGGCGAUUGGCUGUAUCUUUGCAGAACUGUUGACGUCAGAGCCCAUAUUCCACUGUCGACAGGAGGACAUCAAAACCAGUAAUCCGUACCACCACGACCAACUGGACCGCAUCUUCAACGUCAUGGGCUUCCCUGCAGAGAAGGACUGGGAGGAUAUUAAGAAGAUGCCAGAACACUCCACGCUCAUGAAAGACUUCAGAAGGAACACGUACACGAACUGCAGCCUCAUUAAGUACAUGGAGAAGCAUAAAGUCAAACCUGACAGCAAAGCAUUCCACUUGCUGCAGAAGCUGCUGACGAUGGACCCCAUCCGCAGGAUAACGUCUGAGCAGGCCAUGCAGGACCCUUACUUCCUGGAGGAGCCGCUGCCCACCUCUGAUGUGUUCGCUGGCUGCCAGAUCCCCUACCCAAAAAGGGAAUUCCUAACUGAGGAGGAGCCAGAGGAUAAGGCAGACAAAAAAUUGCAGAAAAACCAGCAGCAACAACAGGGGAACAACCACACCAAUGGGGCGGGACAUACUGGUAACGUUGACAACAGCCACGCCCAGGGCCCACCUCUGAAGAAGGUGCGUGUGGUACCGCCCACUACCUCAAGUGGCCUGAUCAUGACCUCAGACUACCAGCGCACCAAUCCACUUGCUGCCUAUCAGAACCCAGGACCAAGCACAUCGCUGCCCCAGAACAGCAUGGGAUACUCCUCUACCUCCCAGCAGCCUCCGCAGUACUCCCACCAGACCCACCGCUACUGAGCCGCACCCUCCCCAGCCCUCUUCCUCCUCAAAUCCCUCCUCUUCCUCCUCCUGGCCACACCCAGCCCAGCCAUGGUCCCGCCCUCACAGCGCCCAGCAGGGAGAAUGUAUGGAGGGAGGAGGGGUGAUUCUGAGCGUGUGCAGAAUCUAGCAGGAACAACCCCAUCCACUUCCAUAACCCCCCGUCCCUGACCAAGACCUGACCCCCACACACCUCCGUACCCACCUCCUUGCCGGUCCCUGCCCAUGCACGAUGGGCCCUUACCUGGGGCGAGUGCCCAUAGCUCGACUCAACUCUGCCAAUAAGAAAACAUUACAAACAUCAUCAUGACAACCAACACAACACCACCAAUACAGUAACAAAAAGAGAAAGCUACAACCGGACUUUGUCAUUGCCUAUACAAGAAAAACUAAUAAAAAUGAAAACAAAUACACACACGCACAGAAAAAAAAAAAGAUAAAACUUGCUGGAAGAAAACAGAGGUGACCAGUUUCCCCUGUUUGUGGUUUUACAUCAUCGCUGCAAGUGUGUGACCAUUUUCUGUCUUUUUUUUUUUCUUCUCAAGAAGUGGAAAUAAAUUGCCCCACAAAGUGGUACUUAAUUGCUACACGCAAAAUGGAGGAUGGCCCUGACUUGAGGAACCGGAGGUCAGCCACCACCAAAGCCCCCCUCUGGCCGAGCUGGACUUCCUCUUCCUUUGUGAGGGUCCUGUGGCUUCUUUGAGACUAAAGCUGCUAUGUGACUGCCAGCGGGGACGGAGCGUCGUCCGUCCCUCCGUCUGCCGGUCUCCCUGCCUGCCCCCACUUACACAGUCACUCACACACACACACAAACAAACACACACACACACACAGGCGAUCGCCGGGGGCCCAACUCUCUGUGCAGAAGCUGCUGCAAAAUGGAGCAUGCUGAGAGGAUCUAGCGCCCUCUGCUGGACAAUACUGGUUAUGGGCUUUAUUAAGAAAGAAACUUGAUUUUAGUAGUUUAUAAUUUAAUACCUUUUGACUUUUUUGUUUUAACGUUAGAAAUGGCAAGCAGCUUCCGUUUUGCUGCGAGAGCAGCAGAUGUGCGCGGUGGAUAAGCCUUAGAACUUCAAAAACCAGUAUGCGUGGACGUAUGGAACAUGCAUUGGACUGUAUUGUAUUGAACUAUUUUACAUGAAGCAAAUAUCCUGACAAUAAAAGUGGAAACGUUAAAA